AUGGCAACAUCAAAAGUUUUAAUUGGUCAUCCAAGUUUUAAUCGUUCCAUUGAAUCUCAUAGUAGUGUACAUUCAACACACAGUGAUACAUCGUACACAGCACCCUAUGGUACAAGUCCAACAAAUGAAGAUAUUGGCACACAGACAGACAUAAAAACUGUCAAUGAAUCACGUCGUCGACGGGAUGAAACAAUUGUCGAUAUUAGUCUCGAAUCAAUGAAAUAUAAUGGAGCAAUACCAUUUCGACAACUACAACGUCCUGUUUGUUUAAAUCGACAAAAUUCGAGACAAAGUGAAUGUAGUGGCUCAUUAUUAGGCGUUGGUGAUCUAAUGUCAAAUAAUCAAACUACAACGGCGGCAAUAAACACAGUAAAUGGUGGUGGAGCAUCUAAUGAACAACAGACUUCAAGUAUAACAAUAUCUGCUUUAACACCGCCAAACGGAAAUAAUAAUAAUCUAAAUAAUGGACAUGAUACAGUUGGACCGUUGCGUGGUAGUGGAACAUCUGCACUCUUUCUAACAGAUGAUUCAUUACCACUUGUAAAUACAAUGCCUAAACGAGUUGAGCGUACAUCUCGUAAAGAAUGUUAUCGAUUAGGACGACGAAAACUUUUAUUUGAAAAAAGACGAAAAGCAUCCGAUUAUGCUCUAUUUUUCGCUAUGAUUGGACUAUUAUUUAUGGUACUUGAACAAGAAUUAAGCAUGGCGAGAGUAUACGAUAAGCUUCAUUGGUGUUCAAUUUUGCUCAAAUCACUCAUCACUAUUUCUACAGUCAUUUUAAUUGGUAUGGUUAUAUUUUAUCAUGCAUUGGAAGUUAAAUUAUUUAUGAUCGAUAACUGUGUAGAUGAUUGGCGAAUCGGAAUGACGUGGCAGCGUGUACUACAGAUCGGUGCUGAAGUAUCAAUAUGUGCCAUACAUCCAAUACCUGGCUCAUUUAAAUUUUUUUGGACAACACACAUGGCAAAUAAAUCUGAUUAUCCAUUACAUAUUAAAACAGCUGAAGUUUAUAUAGACAUAUUACUAUCAUUACCAAUGUUUUUUCGUCUUUAUCUUAUUUGUCGUGUGAUGUUAUUACACAGUAAACUAUUCACAGAUGCUUCAUCGAGAAGUAUCGGUGCAUUUAAUCGAAUUAAAUUUAAUACACGUUUUGUACUUAAAACAUUGAUGACAAUAUGUCCAGGCACCGUAUUACUGGUAUUUAUUUUAUCGUUAUUUAUUAUUGCAAGUUGGACAGUAAGAGCUUGCGAAAGUAAUCAUGAUCCAAAACAUCAUGGAAACUUGUUAAAUUCAAUGUGGUUAGUAGCCGUUACUUUCCUGGCUAUUGGCUAUGGAGACACGGUUCCAAAUACUUACUGUGGAAGGGCUAUUUGUGUUGUGUCCGGUCUUAUGGGUGUAUCAUGUACAGCCACAAUGGUAGCUGUUUUAGCUCGAAAGCUUGAAUUAACGAGAGCUGAAAAACAUGUGCAUAAUUUCAUGAUGGAUACACAGUUAACGAAAAGAUUAAAAAAUGCAGCAGCUAAUGUUCUUCGUGAAACUUGGUUGAUAUACAAAUAUACAAAACUCGUCAAAAAUGUGAAUAAUUCACGUGUUCGGACACAUCAACGAAAAUUUUUGCAUGCUAUUCACAGUUUAAGAAAAGUCAAACUAGAUCAACGAAAACUCACUGAUAAUGUCAAUGCUGUAUCAGAUAUAGCAAAGUUACAAUCAUCGGUAUACGACGUUACUUCACAAAUGCUUUCAAAUCAAACAGUAUUGGAAAAUAGAUUUCACGAUUUGGAAAAUAAAGUUACCGCGUUACAGUGUCAAAUCGAUAAUUUACCUGAUAGUAUGGCACAAGCUGUCUUAGAACAGAAUAAUCGUUUAUGGGAAAGACUUGAAAAUCGUGUGCAAAAUCAACUCACUCUCGUACGACCGUUACCCACAAUAUCAGUGACAUGUCCACGACAAAAUACUGUAUAA